GUUGAAUGAAGCGAUAUUGUUCGAAAGUUAACUGAAGGUAAGGAGGUUGGGGCCACACGAAAUCUUCACUCGGAUCCAGCGUCAAGCGCAGUUCUCUGCGUGGUGUCCAGCACCCGCUAACCGACGAUGACGGGGCUCAGUGCUUCGUAGCUGCAUCCAGCUAGCCUGUAUGCAGGUGACACAAUCGAGUAUUACUCCCGGUGCUUUGUUGCGGGCGACGCACGAGGACUGCGGUCGUCUGUGGUACUCGGGAUCAAGGAGGACGUUGGAGCUAAAUAUCCCAUAUCCGUGGACACAGGCGAGAUGAUUCCGCGCGACAUGAUGAUGAAGUUGACGGUGGACCGUUUUGGGAACCGGUUCAAGCCCCAGUAUGCCGUAUGGCGCAAGCUACGGACGUACACUCUCAUCCCCGGAACGUGCAGCGCUCCAACGCGAGCCAGUGACGUUAAUGUGGCAAUCUCCCAUGCUAUCCGAGACGCCUUUGGGGCUACAGCUGAUGAACUGCGCCGCACACGUGAGGGAAUCGUCGAAGAGACCCUUGAUGCUGUGGACGGGGCUGAGGUCGAUGACCUGGUUAGUGACCACCACUCUACGCUGCCUAGCACUCCGUCAGACCCCGAAGCGGCGCCUGAUGACAUUGGGUCGUAUGUGGAUGCUAAAGAGGUCUCUAUGGAGAGCGAGGGAUUUGCUGAAAUGCAUGAGGCGCCUCCAAUAGAAGCUGACGAUAACUCGGUCACCGUAUGUGAGAAUGAAAUGCACUCCAGUGCGCCCGUGAUGAACAACGAAGGCUAUACUGUCGGUACAUCCGUUCCAACCACCUCUGGGGAAGCUACUACAAGCGAGGAAACGGCAUCAACUCCCAUUGUAGACCGUAUCACGGCCCCGACCGAUCAAGAGCUUCAGGAUGCUAAUAACUAUCUUCGCUCGAUACCUACGCGAUUAGAGAGGGCCAAGAAGCGACAUCAGCCUAAGAAACGCGGGUGUCCAUGGCACAAGCCCCGCUCGAGGAAAAGGCGUUAUCAAACCAAAUGCGCGGUCACGCGCAGUGGCACCCAAAUCUACCAUGCUCACUCGAUAAAAGCAAAAAAGGUCAAACAGCUAUUAAAAAUUGCUGGCGUGAAGAGUCGGCUGAAAGCGCUGCGUUUACGACGACCUAAUUUCAAGGAGCCUGUGAAGGGAGGCCGCGUUCUUUUGGAUGAGGUACCAUGGCCUGAAGGAGUGCGGAAGAUCUCUAGCUGCGAGAGGAACGGUAUCAUAUUUCCCGACCUUGGAUCGUACUGUAAAUGCAGAUGCAUCGGCGAUUACUUUUGGGACAGCUGUGACAACGCGGAGGCUGCCGUCUACUGUACACCUUCCUGCUGCAAUCUUGGGGCGCGCUGCAGCAACGCCCCCAUUGAGCGAUCGACCCUUAAGCUCUUUGACACUGGUCGCUUGGUGUCUACACGACCACGGACAUGGACAUUGGCGUCGUUGUGGGAGAGUACACGGGAAAGCUGAGUGAAUGGUCUGCUCGCCUCCCGGUUCAACCAGACCAAGCGCUAAAGGAGAACAGUGGGUACACACUACUUUACAAUGCUAAAUCGAAGAACCGGAAGUACGUGUAUGUCGACGCCGCGCAAUGUGGCUCCAUCACCCGCUUCGUAAGCCACGCGUGCGAUCCAAACGCCGUGUUUGUCGAAUUGAGCGCUGGUUCAAUUGUGCGUGCGACGACUGUUGGCAGGAUGGUGAAGCUACGACCGAGACGGAGUAGCUUUUGGUAAGAGCGUGCACACGUAUCAGAGAGAUAAAAGUUUAGUGAACACGUACA